AUGGCUUCCGCGCUCUCCGGAGCCAUCUCUGUGCUCAUCCUCGGCGGUACCACACACUUGUCGCGGCCGCUACUCAAGUGGCUCCUUGACCCAGCUCAGGACGCUGCUAGGUCCAGUGUCGAGAUCAAGCAUAUCCGGCUCGCCGACAAGUUCCUGAUCUCCAACGGCACCAGCACUACCUACAUCGAGCCAGACACAUGGGAGGCACUCAAGGACCCGCGCGUCGAGUAUCGCCAAGUCAACCUCAACCUCGCUCCCAGCCUUUCCAAGGUGUAUGACCAUCCCGAUGGCGACUCGUACGAUGUCGUCUUUGAUUUUACCGGCGAGGGCGUUGGGCAGGCCGACGUGCCCGAGGAGCUGCUGAUCGAGCGCACCGCCAAGCUCGCCCACUCGAUCGCAGCCGAGUCGCUGCGCAGGAAUGUCAAGGCGCACAUCCGCGACACGGUCGCCUUUCUCACCAUUGACCCGAGCUCGCCGCCCGCUACCGAGGCCGACGUUGUCAAGCCGAAGACGCCACGCGCCUACUGGUGGUACGAAGCCGAACGCGCCGCCGCCAGCGUGCCUGGCCUGCCACUCGCCAUCACGCGCUCCGCCGAAGUGGUGGGUCCGUACGUCUUUCACGCUUCGAUACCGUCUCGCUACGCACUGGGCAGGGUGUACGCGCAUCUCAACGAGACGUACAAGCUGCUCUGGGGACCGGAUCUGCGUGUGCACACGAUCCACGUCGACGACUGGUGUCCGGCCGCGUGGAAGCUGGUCGAGUUCAUUUCGUCGCGUUCGCGCGCCGAGGCAGAUGAACAGGCGGGCGAGGCGCUUCCGCCCGUGCGGAUGAAGGACAAGCUGCAGGACUCGUUGCGCGAAAACGUCGGCGAAGAGUGCUGUCCGCGCACACUCACUCCGCGCGCCCCCGUGUUCAACCUGGUCGACGAUACCGAUCUGACGCAGGGAAAGCUGCUGCGCAUGAUUGGCGAAGCGUUUGGCAUCCAGACGGGCUUCACCAACGCCGUGAUCAAUGCGUGGGCGCGCGUGGACCUGGCCAGCAUCGUGGACGACAUCAACGAAAAGCACGCCAACGCAGUUGCCGAGAUCGUGCAGCAGACGGGCAUCGAAGAUGUGGCGCUCAAGGGGUGGAUCGACACCGAGAUGCUGGCGAAUCGAUCGCUCGCACUGAGCAACGCAAAGGCAAAGCGCGUGCUCCAAUGGCAGCCGAAAGUGCAAGUCAACCGACAGAGGCUCGACGAGAUCUUGGAUAGGAUCCGAGAGCUGAAUCAGUUCCCCAAGUGA